GGGCCAUGGCCGAGGGCAGGAGCGGCAGCGCCGGGCUCUUCGCCAGGCAGGUCCAGAAGCACUUCAGCCGCGCCCAGGAGAAGGUUUUGCAAAAAUUGGGCAAAGCGGUGGAAACCAAAGACGAGCAGUUCGAGCAGAGCGCCUACAACUUCCAGCUGCAGCAGAACGAGGGUCACAAACUCUACAAGGACCUCAAGGGGUUCGUGGGAGCCGUGAGAGUGAUGCACGAGAGCUCCCGCAGAGUGGCCGAGACGCUGCAGGAGAUUUACAGCCCUGAGUGGGACGGGCACGAGGAGCUCCGGGCCAUCGCCGACAGCAACGACCUCCUGUGGGAUGACUACGAGACGAAGCUGGCCGACCAAGCCCUGCGGCUCAUGGAGAAUUACCUGGCUCAGUUCGGGGAUUUUAAGGAGCGCAUCGCCAAGCGCGGCCGAAAGCUCGUGGACUACGACAGCGCCCGGCACCACCUGGAGGCUCUGCAGAACGCCAAGAAAAAGGACGAGGCCAAAAUCGCCAAGGCCGAGGAGGAGUUCAAUAAAGCCCAGGCGGUGUUUGAGGACCUGAACAGGGAGCUGCGGGAGGAGCUGCCGGUCCUGUACGGCAGCCGCAUCGCCUGUUACAUCACCGUGUUCCAGAACAUCUCCAACCUCCGCGACGUCUUCUACAAGGAGAUGAGCAAGCUCAACCGGGACCUGUACGAGGUGAUGAGCAAACUGGAGAAGCAGCACUCGAGCAAGGUGUUCAUCAUCAAAGGUGUCCCAGCAAACCGCCGCUCUCUGGUCAUCUCCGCGCCCGUGAGCCCCCCGGCCGUGUUCCCCUGCCCGGACAAGGCGCCCGUAGUGGACGCGGAGGUGACACCGGAGUCCCCCGGCGGGGGCAGCGCCGCCACCAACGCGGAGCUGGGCGCUGUUUCCCCGGCCCCCCCGGCUUCGCCCGCCAGCGGGGCCUCCCUGGACACGGAGUCGGUGUCCAGCGAGGAGACCCCGGAGCCCGGCCCGGAGACCCCGGAGCCCGGCCCCAACCCCGACUCUCUGUGCCCUGGUCAGGAGCCAUCGGCGACAGCCGCGGAGCCGGGGGGUGACAGCGGGGCGCGGGGGGGCGAAGGCAUCGCCACCUCCCUGGCGUCACUAAUUUUAUCCGAGGCCAUUGCCCAGGCCGCUGGCACCUCGUCACCAGAGCCGGGGAAAGCCGCGGACAGGGCGGGGGACAGCGCGGACAGCGGCGAGGGCCGGGCACGGCCCGCGGUGCCGCCGUCCCCCACCGCAGCUGCCCCCGGCCGCGUCCUCGGUCCCGCGGCGGCGGCACCGGCGUGUCCCCGGGAGCCGUGCCAGCUCGGCGGCGAGCGGGGACAGCGCGGUGACAGCGAGGACAGCGCGGAGGCGGCGGAUGGCGAGCCGGAGGGCUGUUCCGGGACGCCGGAGCAGGACACGAGCUAGCACACGAGCCGGGACCCCUCGGGUGCUGCAGACCCCCCCCAGGAUCCCCCGAGUCUCUCAGCACCCUGUGAACCCACGGGAAAUGCGGCGUCUUCCCCAAAUUAAUUCCCAGAAAGUAUUUCCCAGCCCAUCC